ACAUUGAAGUACAAUCGAUUGCUUUGCAUCCCAGUUUCUUAUUAGACUAUUGAUAAAUACAAACAAGAAUUGGCUUGCAAAAUAAAUUUCUAAUUCAAUUAAGUUAAUUGCAACUCAAAAUGAACAUAAACCUGUCAAAUUUCAACAUGAAGAGCCUGGUGAAAGAGGCGGGCAGCACAAUAUCGCGCGUGGUGCAGCUUACCGAGGAGAAACUGGGCACCACCGAACGCACCGAAUACGAUAUACACUUUCAAAAUCUGGCCGAACGCGCCGAUGUUACCAAAUCAUGGACUGAGAAAAUAGUGCGCGACACCGAAUCGGUGCUCAUACCGAAUCCACAGAAUCGGGUCGAGGACUAUAUUUUCGAAAAGAUUGAGAAAACGAAGCCGAAGCGCCUAAGCAAUCUCGAGCACCUGGCGCUGGACAUGAUCGAGGCCGGCGGCGACUUUGGCCAGGACCUGCCCUACGGCCAGGCGCUCAUCAAAGUGGGCCAGGCGGAGCAGAAGCUGGGCCAGUGCGAACAUGACUUCAUAGCCACAUCGGGCAUUUGCUUCACGCAACCGUUGCGCAAGUUCCUCGAGGGCGAAAUGAAGACCAUUAGCAAGGAGCGCGGGCUGCUGGAGACCAAGCGCUUGGACCUGGAUGCGUGCAAGAACCGGGUGAAGAAGGCGCGCAGCAUGCUGGGCCAGCAGUCGAAAGAUGGCAUUUCGCCAGAAGCUGCCUUGGAACAGGCGGAGCGCGAUCUGCGCGUGGCUCAGGCCGAGUUCGACAGGCAGGCGGAGAUCACCAAGCUGUUGCUGGACGGGAUUAGCACCUCGCAGGCGUCGCACUUGCGUCAUCUGCACGCCUUCGUGCAGACGCAGGUGCGAUACUACAAGCAAUGCGGCGACGUUAUGGACCAGCUGCAGCGCGAAUUGGCCAAAAUGCAGCCAGCGAAGCCUCGCCUGCGCAUCAAUAGCGAAGAUGUGGACGGGCCUCCCAGCAUUGCUUCGGCGCAUUCAUGUGAUUCCAGUGAAGCCAGUUCCAUUGCACUGGCCAAGGCCAUAGAUAGCGAUUACGAUUUUGAUAAUGGGCAGGAUAUUGAUAUUGAUAUUGAGUCGGGCUUUAAGAGCAUUGACAUUGGUCCGGUCAAGGCGCUCACCCAUCUGCUGGAAGACUUUGAGAUAGAGUUCGAUACGAGCGCCAUAAGCACAGUCAUCUUUGUUACCGAAUGCUCGCCGGUCAAUGAGGAUUACAUGUACGGUAAGCAGGGUCUGAUGAAGGGCUUGGUCCCGCGCGCCUUUGUCGAAAUGCUCGAUGAGGAACAGAAGGACGACUACUAAUUGGCCCAUUGAUGAGGAAUGAAAGAAAAGCGAAAAGACAAACAAAAUCUAUUCAAAGCAAAAUUAACUCAUUAAUACUCAUUUAGAGCAAAGGCAAUUGCAAUGGGACAAUUACAUACAUAGUUCAUACAUA